AUGAAGCCAAUCGGCCGUUUGCUCAAUCUCACCUUCUUCUGCUUUGUUACCAUUUUCCUUCGGACUUGUUCCAGCGAUUCACCUCCACCAGUUGGGUGUGCGUUAAAUUUCUCUUCAUAUUCAUACCAGUUAACCGGCGAGUAUUGCGUCGGCGUCCAAGAAAAAAUAGCCGACUGGGAUAGCUUCCCCAAAACUCUGUGCUGCCGGAAUGCCCUCACCGUUUUCUCUCAAGCCUUGGCACAGCAUGUGUAUAGCACGCAGGGCACCAUUUUCCCUUCCAAAGAUAUGUGGAGUAACUGUAACGCCUCCCUCUCCCCGGAAAUGUACUCGGCGUUCGUGGAUUCCUGCGGGUUUAACGAUUACCUUUUCUCCGGCGGUCUUAGUCAGUGCGCUACCUUCUCUUUGGCUGCCGUUAAGAGUGUUAAGCCUUACCAGUUUGCCGUGGACGAGUGCUCUAACUUUGAGAAUGCAAUAUUUGACGACGCUUGCGCAAAUUGCACUCCUGCAAUAUUAGACGUGAGGAAAGGUCUACUGAAGCUAUCUCAAGAAAAAGACGACAACAAUUCAGAAAGAGCCAUAUGUGGCGUAGCGGCCGUUAUUUCUGUUGCAGCCGGGGAAUCGGGCAACGGUUUGUUGAUUGACAACUUUUAUCGAUGUUUGCCUAGUUUAUCAUUAAUUUACUCAUCAGAUUCAGUGGUAAAACCUCUAUUUGCAAUCUUGAUAGCGAUCAUCACAUUAAUGCUGAUUAUUUUGCUGAUAAAAUAUGUGACCAAGAAGAAGCCUCAUAAAGCAGUUCAAUCGAAAGUGAAUAUCACCACUUGGUCUGGCCUCUAUACAUUCUCAAAGGCGGAGAUCGAGAAUGCCUUGAAUUUUGGCAAUGAAAAAAUAUGCCUUGGGCGGGGAAGUGCUGGCCAUGUCUAUAAAGGUGUUCUUCCCAGUGGGCAAGUUGUGGCCAUCAAGCACAUAAAUAAGAGCAACAUCUCCGAUUCGUUUAAACGGGAAGUUGACAAUCUUUCAAGGGUUCGGCAUCCAAACCUAGUUUGUCUCUUUGGUUGCUGCGUCGAAGAUGGCGAGCAAUAUCUUGUGUAUGAAUAUUGUCCAGCAGACAACUUAGCUCAACAUCUCUUAAGAAAAGAUACCCUUUUAACAUGGGAUAUAAGAGUUAGGAUUUUAAGAGAUUGUGCGCUUGCACUGAGGUAUCUUCACCAUUACAUAGAUGGCUGCAUUGUUCACAGAGAUAUUAAGAUACAUGCUCUUCUUUUCCUUACGAACAUCCUUUUGAGUGACAAGUUGGAACCCAAGCUAUCUGAUUUUGGUUUGGCAAGACUGUUGGGGAUGGAAGAGACCAAAGUAUUCACUGAUGUGAGAGGAACUAUAGGCUAUAUGGAUCCAGAAUACAUGAGCAAUGCCAAAUUAACAUGUGCUAGUGACAUUUAUAGUUUUGGCAUUGUUGCUCUACAACUUUUAUCAGGACGAAAAGUAAUCGAAUUAGAUCUUGAUGCAAGAGAUCAACUGACAAGAAUGGCAAGGGACGUGCAUAUGGGAAAUCGUCUCUUAUCGGAUUUUGAAGACCCAAGGUUAGGUGGAGAUUUCAACAAAGCGGACUUCAAAUCCAUCUUACAAAUUGCUGUCCUCUGUGUUGCCAACACAAGUAGAGGACGCCCAAACAUUGAGAACGUGUUUGGUGAAAUGGAUACGGCCUGGAAAAACACUGAUACUUACAAGACACUUGGCACUGUUUUAAAGGAACAAGAUCUUCUUCAGUCCAUUAUGGACUGA